UUGAAUAUUCCUACACAAACUUCCAGAACUUUCUUCCCAGCAGUAUAUAGACCUCUGGAAACCGUUAGUUUGCAGCACGUCAGCACGAGAUAAGAAGAUUGGAGCUUCAGAGCUGCUGUACAAGAAUGAAAAUCGAAAUCUUUGACAACACUAUGAAAACCUUUCAAGGUAUUCCAGUUGAUGAAAGAAAAAAGCUCCAUACAAAAACGUUAAGAUAUCUGCAAAUGAAAAGGCAUCCUGCAGAUGCAGCCUCGGGCGUCGCUUUUGUAUGCUAGUACGGCACCGCUAACGACUUCAAAGCAAAUUAGCAUUCUUUAGUCAGUUAGAAUGAUUUGACACGGCUUCCUGACCUGAAAACGUGACCUGUUAAAUACCAAAAGACUUACAUUAACAUUCCUGUGUGGAUCCUCGCUACUCCCUUAUGUAACACAGAUGCCCUAGUUGCAAAUUCAACCUCGUUUUAUAACAAAAUGUUCUGGAGAAAGAAAAAAAAAACAAAUACAGAUAGAGCUUAUAAUGAAUGGGACGCAACAGAAAUACAGCUUCCCAAAGCUGCCGAAAGACAAAGCAAGAAUGUGGGUGACCAACGUCGUCGCUUUGUGCCUUAUGGCCGUGGUCUCCUCGGCUGAGGAAAAAAAACUCAGCAGCCAUGCGAUUUCCCUGGCUGACACUAGCAGCCACCUUGCUUUCAACCUGUACCACAACUUAGCCAAAGAGAAGGAUCUGGACAACAUCCUAAUCUCCCCUGUGGUGGUCGCAUCCAAUCUGGGAUUGGUUGCCCUCGGAGGAAAGUCCUCUACUGCCUCACAGGUCAAGAGUGUCCUGAAGGCAGAUACACUGAAAGAUGAACAUCUGCAUACAGGACUGUCUGAGCUCCUGAAUGAGGUCAGUGACCCUGUGGCUCGCAACGUCACCUGGAAAAUCAACAACAGGCUGUAUGGCCCCAGUUCGGUCAGCUUUGCUGAUGACUUUGUGAAGACCAGCAAGAAGCACUACAAGUACGAUCACUCCAAGAUCAACUUCCGUGACAAGAGAAGCGCGAUCAACUCAAUCAACGAGUGGGCCUCCAAGUCCACUGAUGGCAAGCUGCCAGAAGUCACCAAGGAUGUGAAGAAUACAGAUGGUGCUAUGAUCAUCAACGCUAUGUUCUUCAAACCUCAUUGGGAUGAGAAGUUCCACCAUAAGAUGGUUGACAACCGUGGGUUCCUUGUGUCCAGGUCCUUCACAGUAUCUGUCCAAAUGAUGCAUCGCACAGGUCUUUAUGGCUUUCAUGAAGACAAAGAGAAUAAGCUUUUUGUGCUCAACAUGCCUCUGGCCCACAAGAAAUCCAGUGUGAUUUUCAUCAUGCCCUACCAUGUGGAGCCCCUGGAGAGGCUGGAGAAGCUUCUGACACAGAAUCAGCUGAACACGUGGUUGAGCAAGUUGCAAGAAACAGCAGUGGCCGUCUCUUUACCUAAAGUCAGCAUGGAAGUCAGCCAUGAUCUGCAGAAACACCUGGGAGAAAUUGGUCUCACAGAGGCAGUGGACAAAUCCAAGGCUGAUCUGUCCAAUAUGUCUGGCAAGAAAGAUCUCUACCUUUCCAAUGUGCUCCAUGCAUCCGCUUGGGAAUGGGACACAGAGGGAAACCCAUUUGAUGCCAGCAUCUUUGGCUCGGAAAAGCUCAGGAACCCCAAGCUGUUUUAUGCUGACCAUCCAUUCAUCUUCCUCGUGAAGGAUAACCAGACCAACUCCAUCCUCUACAUGGGUAGAAUGGUUAGACCAAAGGGAGAUAAAAUGAGAGACGAAUUGUAAUUUAAAUUUGCUGAUAAGGGUAACCAUUUUUUUUCUAUUGUUCCAUUUUUUUAGUAUUUGAAUUGUUUAUGGUAUGACAGUUACCUUAUGAAGACAGUCAAGCGGUUUGUUUUGUAGUUAUAAUUAAACCAAAUUUUUCACCAAAUACAUGUCAGAGCUGAACCAUAUCGCUACUAGUAAUUUGAAAAAAGUAAAAGAAUUCCACUUGAGAGAUUAGAUAAUGAGUUGAUCCACAGUUUUGACAUCAACUGGGCCAGGUUCCUUAAUUCAUCAUGAAACUGUCCAUCAGAACAAAUGCUAUACUUAUAUUAAGUAUAUUAGCAUUCACGCCAGCCUGCGUGACUGUGAUAUUUAUAACUGUGCCUGGUUUUUUUUUUUUUUUUUGUAAGCUCUAAUCUCCUGGGGUUAUGUGACAACUGUGUGGGUUCUUUGACAUAUCUUUAAUGUUUAAAGACAAAAGGAUUUUUACACAAAUCUUCUUCGAAUGCUCAUGUGUGUCAGACACUUCACCUCAAUCCAAAUCAGCCACAUUUGAUUUCACUGCUUUGUCUUCUGCACUGAUGCCUGUUUAUAGACACAACAUAUGAGGUCAAUUGUACUAUGUUCCCGAAUCCUGUUUACUGUACAAGAAACUGUUUUGUGCUCAUGUUCUUUUUUUUUUUUUUGUUAAUUUUUUUAAAAUAAACUAUGAGUAAAAUUAC